CAGUUUUAUUUUUUUAUGGAUUGAGGUCGGGAAGCAGCUUUAGUAUUUUCUCCAUCCCUUCGCUCUCCCGCUCUCGCCUCUCCUACCCUAAACCCUGGCCUACAGCCUCUCCCUCCCGGUUUCGCCGAAAACCAUCGACUUCAUGAUCGAACCUUUGCGAUACACUCGCCAUCAUAGCUAGCUGGGAAGACAACGACGGGAUCGUGGCUUACAGAAACUACCGAAACUCCCAUCUUUCUCAUCCGUCCGCCCCGCUCCUACCAGAAACCAUUUAUAAAGGAUUUAGCUUAAAUUCUGUGUAAAUCCUGCUUAAAACCAGCUACCAAACAACCCCGUAAAGUACUGAUUUAGAUGGCAAGCAGCUAAUAGAGCUUCCCAUUAACAUUUUUCCUGUAUGGGCCAAAGUGGCAAAAGAGAAAAGAAAUGAUUCUUUCUCCUUUAUUAAGCGUAUCAGAAAUUGAUAUUCUGUGAUUGAUUGGUGUGCCUGUGGAGAGAUGGGAGAAUUGGAAGUUCACAAGCACGUACAGUACAUUCUCGCAGUUGAAAAGAAAAAAGACAGUUUUGAGGCUUUGGUGAUGGAGCAUUUGAGAAUGAAUGGUGCAUAUUGGGGUUUGACCACUCUAGAUCUUCUCCAAAAUAUUGCAGUAAUUGAUCAAGAAGAGGUUAUCUCUUGGUUGAUGUCAUGCUGGGACAAAGAAAGUGGAGGCUUUUCUGGAACUGUUGGGCUUGAUCCUCAUCUUCUAUACACGCUUAGUGCAGUUCAGAUUUUAGCCCUUUUUAAUAGGCUUGAUGUUCUGGACAUAGAUAAGGUCUCUAAAUAUGUUGCUGGGCUACAGAACGAAGAUGGAUCAUUCUCUGGUGAUAUGUGGGGUGAAAUUGAUACCAGGUUUUCUUACUGUGCAAUAUGUUGUCUUUCAAUUUUACACUCUCUGGACAAAAUCAAUGUGGAGAAGGCUGUGAAGUACAUAGUUAGCUGCAAAAACUUGGACGGUGGAUUUGGAGCUACACCCGGGGGCGAAUCUCAUGCUGGACAAAUCUUCUGCUGUGUGGGCGCCCUUUCUAUAACCGGUUCUCUGCACCACAUUGAUAGGGAUCUUCUUGGUUGGUGGCUAUGCGAGCGACAAUGCACAGAUGGCGGCUUGAAUGGACGCCCUGAGAAGCUUGCUGAUGUCUGCUACUCCUGGUGGGUGCUUUCAAGCUUGAUUAUGAUUGAUUGUGUGCAUUGGAUUGAUAAAAGUAAACUCACUGAGUUCAUUUUAAACUGUCAGGACCGGGAAAAUGGGGGAAUUUCUGACAGGCCAGAUAAUGCUGUUGAUGUUUUCCAUACCUACUUUGGAGUUGCAGGUCUUUCACUAAUGGAGUAUGCAGGAUUGAAGCCUAUUGACCCGGCUUAUGCAUUGCCCAUUGAUGUCGUGAAUAGGAUCUUCUUUAGCAAGUGCUGAUUUGUUAAACCAGUUUCUGGAAUCCCAAGAAUUUAAUCGGUAACUGGCUGAAAAUUGUGUUAUAGGUGAUUUAUUCUUGCAAUACAUAAAGUACAAAGAUUGAAGCUGGCCACAUCGUUAACUUAUUAAUAAUGUGCAUUGGCCCAUUCUUUCUAAAAGCUGGAAAAUUUAUUGGAUAUAUAUUUGGUUAUGGUUGCUGGAUAAAAAGCACGUCUAAGAUGAGAAGUUUCAUCAGAGUUGAUGCUUUGGCAUUUGUUUUAUUGGACUUGUAAUAUAGAUGUGCACUAGAUAUUCUGUCAUUUGUUUUAUUAUAGUUGAUGUGAAACGUCUCAUUUGUAAUAU